GCAGUCCAGCUCCAGCGCGCGUGGAUCUGUCAUAACAAGAGGCGCUCUUUUGCAGCUUUCGCGCUCUGGGAAUAAUAUUUUUUUGGUGGAAAAAACAAAUCGCUUCUCAGGGCUUACGUGCUGUGCGUAUGCGCUUGUGCAAUACGGUUCGCUGUCCUGCAAGAGCCAACAAGAUUAUUGUCAACGACACAAGAUAGCUCAAACGAAAUAAGAAGACUGACAAGUGGUUGUCUUCAUUUGGGGUGACUGUCCUAACCAUCUACUGCCAAUCAUCCAUUACUGUCAGUGGCUGAAUCUCUGCAGUCAGAUUGGUCGAAAGUUAAGGACAUUUGCUUCGGAUUGCUGAAUGACCUUUUUAGCACAAGCAAUCUGAGAGGACAACCCCCUGACCCUCCCCAACUGUACAACCCCUCCCCCUCCACACUGACUGUACCCCUUGAAAUCCUCCCAUUCAAGAGUUGUGACGAAUUGAAGAUCAGCUGGGCCCUUUGGCGGGGACACAGAAAGGGCGGUGCCUGCUGUUGGCCAUGCUGUUCUGGUGAGGUGUGGUGAACCACUGCCAACAUGAGGCUGGUGACCGGGAUGCCAAGGCCCCUCCCCCUCCUGAUGCUGGGCCUGGCUUUAGCGCUUUUACCUAGCCUAGCCGUAGGAGCCACACCCUUCCCCCAGGACCUGGAGCCAAUCAGCAUUGUGGGGAGAGAACACUCCUACCUGUACCCCAGUUUCCAGGGCCUCAUGUCGGACAACAAUACUGUACGACUGGGCCUAGACUUCCAGAGGAUGCUCCGGAUCAAUCACAUGCUUUACAUCGCAGCCAGGGAUCAUGUGUUUGCUGUCAGCCUCAGUGCCUCUUCUGAGCAGAUCGUCUCACAACAGAAACUGACUUGGAAGACAAAGGAUGUGGAGAAAUGCACAGUGAGGGGGAAGAACAGUGAUGAGUGUUACAACUACAUCAAAGUGCUGGUGCCGCGCAACGACGAGACACUAUUCGCGUGCGGUACAAACGCCUUCAACCCUACAUGCCGCAACUACAAGAUGUCCACACUGGAGCAAGAUGGUGAGGAGGUUGUGGGUCAGGCUCGCUGUCCCUUUGAGUCUCGCCAGUCUAACGUCGGCCUCUUCGCCGGUGGUGAUUUCUACUCGGCAACCAUGACAGACUUCCUAGCGAGUGAUGCUGUGAUUUACCGUAGUCUUGGGGAGAGCAGCCCAGUGCUUCGUACCGUGAAGUACGACUCCAAAUGGCUACGAGAGCCUCAUUUCCUCCACGCUAUUGAGUAUGGGAACUACGUGUACUUCUUCUUCAGUGAGAUUGCUGUGGAGUACACCACACUUGGCAAGGUGGUGUUCUCCAGGGUGGCGCGUGUCUGUAAGAAUGACAAUGGAGGCUCCCCCAGGGUUUUAGAGCGUUACUGGACGUCCUUCCUUAAAGCGCGUCUCAACUGCUCAGUGCCAGGCGAUUCCUUCUUCUACUUUGACGUCCUGCAGUCGCUGACCAACGUGCUGCAGAUCAAUCACAGACCGGCAGUGCUUGGGGUCUUUACCACUCAGGCUAACAGUAUUACAGGCUCAGCGGUGUGUGCCUUCUACAUGGAUGACAUCGAGAAGGCCUUUAACGGGAAGUUCAAGGAGCAGAGAAACAGCGAGUCAGCCUGGACACCAGUACCUGAGGAGCAGGUCCCCAAGCCCAGACCAGGCUGCUGUGCAGGCGAUGGUUCUGCCACUGCCUACAAGUCCUCCACCACCUUCCCCGAUGACACCCUGACAUUCAUCAAGAACUACCCCCUGAUGGACGAGGCAGUUCCGUCGGUCAACCACCGGCCCUACUUCACCCGCACCACCAGCAGGUUCAAGUUGACCCAGCUAGCGGUGGAUACGUCAGCGGGACCCUACAAGAACCACACAGUGCUGUUCCUGGGCUCUGAGGAUGGCAGGGUUCUGAAGAUCCUAGCUGGCACCCAGCCCAACACCUCCUUCAGCACACAGCUCCUGGAAGACAUUGAUGUCUACAACCCCACCAAAUGUAACGUCCGCGGAGAGGACCGGCGAGUGCUGGGGCUGGAGCUGGACAGGGAACAUCACGCCCUGUUUGUGGCCUUCUCCAGCUGCGUGAUCCGAGUUCCUCUGAGUCGCUGCAAUGACUAUGGAUCCUGCAAGACGAGCUGUCUGUCCUCGAGGGACCCUUACUGUGUAUGGCAAAGAACAGGGAGCUGUGCCACUGUGGUGCCUGGAUUCAGGGGUGGUUUUGAGCAGGAGGUGGAGAAUGGCUACCCUCACUACCCAGAUGGCUGCCACGACGUCCUGGCGACCACACGCAAGCAAAACACUUUUGUCGAUUCAGCUUAUGAGAAGACCACACCCACAACAACCACCAGCUCAACCAAUCAGGCGGCCCCAUUUACCAAGGUGGCAGUUGUCUCUGAAAGAGGUACAGGUCCUGAUGUCGGUUCUCAAGUCCCAGUGGGGGACCAGGGGCCACCUGACUCGGAACCGAUCAUUGUGGAGAUGGAGGGUGUACGACGGCCUCCUGAGAUUGAAAAGACCAACCACAGUGUUCACUACACCUUGCUGAUCGCCUGUGUGCUGGUGGCCUUCAUCUUAGGGGCUUUCCUCUCAGGAUUCCUGGUCUCCUGCUACUGCAACCACACUGGACACAAGACCAAGCGACUGGCCAAGGACCCAGAGGCACCGAUCCCUCAUGCCCUGUCCCUACGUAGCCUGGCCAAACUCAACGGCCUACUGGACAGCCAAAACAAGGAGGAUAAGAUGGAGGUAUCCUCACCCAAGCUCUACAACUCCUUUUUCCAGAACGGGAAGGAGCAUCAUCAAGUAGCACCCAGACAUAAUGGUGGUCACCACUCAGGAAUGACCAUGGGAGACCUGGUCCACCCUCAUCACCUACACCACUCGUCUGAGCUCUCAGGUCUGCCCACCCCAGACUCCACCCCUGAACUGCCCAUCAAGAGUAUGAAGGCUUUCAAGAACCAGUGGGAGAAGAACCAGAACUGCAACAAUGCCAAGGAGCCCAAGUCUCACAAUGUGGGCCACGGGUCCAGGCCCAGCUCUGGUCUUCUUCAUCAACAGAUCUACCCCUACUCUCACAGCUUCUCCAGUGGCCAAGCUCUGGCCAAUGGGCAUGGUCUUGUUGGUGGGCACCAGCACCUGGAGGAGCGUAAGAUCCACAAUGCAGAGCGCAUGUUUUCCCAGCAGCCAUACCCCUGCUACCCGCAGAAGGUGAUGGAGGUAACGUCGCUGGACGAGCUCCUUAAGCACAUCCACGAGGCCAACGCUAGCAAGAACGGCCAGGUCAUGACCUCAUCCGGCUUGUUAGCCAGCGGCGGCGGUCAACUAGCCAUCACCAACCGUGUUAAGCCGCACAUCCCCGAGACAGAAUCAGCGCCCUACUACAGCUCAUCCACCCUGCCCCGUGACAGCCUGACCCGCCGCAUGGAUGUACCUCCGGACAUGCCCCCUCACCACCAGUCCACCCUGGAGCGGAGGCACUCCUCCCAGAGGCACUCGCUGAUCGCCGCUGCCACCAAGAUGGCCAGCGGAGGGGGCGGCGGAAGCAUGGUCCAUCGGCAGCCAAGCUUCAGCCAGCGUAACAGCCACCAACCCCCACCCAUGCUGGCCCGGAUGAACUCCACUGGCAGCACCUGUGAGAUCCAUUACCCGCUCAUCCCCAAUGGAUACCUGACACGCCAGCAUAGCUACAACGGAGAGCAGCAAGAGGACAGCGGAGCGUACCUCCACCGGGGGGCCAUAGUCCGCCGGACCGCCUCUAUCAAACCCGACGCCCCUCCGAAACCCCUCUUCAUCCCUGCCUCUUCUCCCGUCAGCCAACAAGGAAAGUUCAACUACUAAGGAGAAAAAGCAUAGGAGGAAAUGGAGAACAUGGCAAAAUAGUGACUGUGCCUCAUCCUCUCCUCUCAAAAAGCUAUCCAGGAUUCAGGCAAUGGGCAAAAUGUGAAAGACCAUGAAUAUUUAUGCCCUGAAUUAUGUGGGAGACAUCUUUGCUGUCGACAAACCUCAAACAAACUUGGUAUUACCCCUUUUUGUCCGAUUAAUAUCUUUGUACCAUAUUGGUAUUGCUCAGCUACUUGCUUAUAGAAAGGCGAGGGACUGGGAUUUGGUAAAACACGACCACCUUAUUUUAGGCUGCCAAUGUCCUCAGUGUGGAUUUAAAAUGCAACAUAGUUAUAAAAAGGGUUUGGCGUCAAGCAUUGGACAUAUUAAGACUUGAUGCCAGAGCCACUUGUGAUGCCUAAGAACAUUGCUUUUGCUUCCCUUUUCUGAUGUAGUAUUGAAAAACAGUCUGAUCCCCAUAACGUGUUUAUAUAUAUAUGUGUAUAUAUAUGCAUGUGUGUGUAUAUAUAUGUGUGUUCAUAUUUACACCG